AUGGCGAACAGGUCCCCCUCCCCCAAUCUCUCCAGGACCCAUAGCGGCAAAAGCCUCAAGAAACUCCCUUGGGCGAACCCUAAUUCUUCCAAGAACAGUCCCUCUGGUAAGUGAAUCAUCAUCGAUUUCCUGGCUUCGAUCGAUCUUCAUGGUUUCGAUCUUUUGAUUUUCUUCGUUGCUUUUCUGCAGAUACUCCUCAGAGGGUGCGGGCGGCGAUCGAGCAGGACGAGAAUGAAUCAGAUCCGAAGAUGAACAGGGCGAGGUCUCCGGCAGCAGCGGCGCCGCCGUUCAAGGGCGCCAAGAACUUCAUGUCUCCGACCAUCUCCGCCGCGUCCAAGGCCAUCGCCGCCGCCUCUCCCAAGCGGAAGGUGUUGUCUGAGAGGAACGAUGGCACCAGAUCUUCUUCCCUCACCACUGAUUGCUCCGAUUCCAUGGAAUCGGAAGUCUCCAAUCCGAUGCUGGAGACGGUCGACAGCGGCGGCGGCGGCGGCCACCACUGGGAAUCCCCGAAGAUCAUCUUCUCCGGAGCUUCACGGGAGAUGCUCAGAUCGAGGCCACUCGAAGAUGAUUUCCCUAUCGAGGAAGUUCCCCUCUGCAACAACUCUCCGGCCAUGGUUUCUGAAGAGGAAGAUCCCUCACUUCUUCAUCUUCCUCCUUACGAUCCCAAGACCAACUAUCUCUCCCCCAGGCCUCGGUUCCUCCAUUACAGGCCCAAACCGCGAGUCGACAGAGCAGAGGAGCUCCUCGUCCAUGGCGAUGGCGGACUGCAGCUCGAGGAGAGGUUCUCCUCUGAGAGCUCCAGCGAGACGAGCGGGCGGAAGAUCGAAGAAGAGAUCAUGUCCUCCUCUGAGGUGGAGGAAUCCGGGGAAGAAGUUCUGAAUGAUGGUUCUUCUGAUUACCUGGAAGAAGAUCCGCCCCUUGCUCGUUCUUCAUCCAGAUCCAGAUUAGUGAUCUUAUCCGUCGUCGUCCUCCUGAUCACCGGCCUCCUCGGAACUGCGAUGCAAAACCCUAAGAUCUCUUCUUCCUCUGGUUUCUUCGAGAUGGAAUCGAUCGGGGAAAUGCAUCUGAGAGAUCCCUUGGCUGGAUUCAGGGAUCGAGGUCACCUGAAUCUCGAGAAGCUCUCCGUCAAGAUCAAAGACUGGUCGGUUGAAUUUGUCGCUUCUCUCCGGGCGGUCACUCGCGUUCUUGCUUUUCCACAUGAAGAUCUCGGAUUCUUCUACUCACUGGAACACCAUAUUGAGGAGGCUGAGAAGGAGCAAUAUCUGGAUCAAGGAGUCGCCAUUGACGCUGGAGUUGCAGAGCACAGUAAUUCUCAGACGAAGAUAGAGACGGAGACUGAAGAAGAAGAACAGAAACAACAUGCGGAAGAAGGAGAAUAUUCUGUGGAGGAGGAGGAGGUCGCAGGGGAGAUCAAGGAGGAAGCAGAAGAGCGGGAUCUGGUCCUUCCUGAUACCUCCAGUGUAGAUGAUCCGGACCUAACCAGUCCCAGAAGUGAAGAAGAAGAAGAAGAAGAAGAAGAAGAAGAGACUUAUCUGAGUUCUCGAAUGGAGGAUAUCGUCGUCGGCGAUGUCCUAACCAGUCCCAGAAGUGGUGAAGAAGAAGAAGAAGAAGAAGAGCCUUAUCUGAGGUCUCGGGUGGAGGACGUCGUCGCCGGCGAUGCCGAGGAGAGAGAACCAGAAGCCGCCAUUAUUUCCGGCGAAGUCCUCUCACAGAUCCACCAGCCCACCGUCGGCGGCGCAGAAGAACACGAUCCCCUACCAGGAGCCGCCGGUCUUCUUCUUCCUUCUCUGCAGACUCUGCUGGGUACAUCCUCUGUUCUUCUAGCUCUCGCCGCCAUCGCCAUCGCCCUCCGCGUCAAGCAGAAUCACGACGGCGGGGCACCGUCGGCCAAGAAGGUGACCUCGGCGGAGCUCGCAAGCCGGUCGCCGGAAACCGCCAUGACGACGGGCGAAUCCUGUCCAUCAGAGAGCAGCAGCAGCUUCUUCCAUAGCGACCGGAGGGGACGACUACCUGAAGAUAGGAGCCUGAGGAGGGAUUCCACUUCUUCCUCGCAGUCAUUUGGAAGCUUCACCGCCUACGAGAAGCUCUCCGGUAAAAAGGUGCGCCACAAUCAUCUUCUCUCUCUCUUUCUCUCUUUCUAUCUCUUUCUAUCUCUUACUCAGUUUCUCUCCCAACUGUUCUUGAAGGGAUGCCGAGAGGACGGCGGGAUGACCCCCGUACGGCGGUCGAGCAGGAUCCGCAGCCACCAGGCCGCCUCUCCGUAGGAAUUGGAGAUCUUCUUCCUCCCUCCGUAGAAUAGAAUUAGAAUUCUCGCUCUUCUUCUCCGUGAAGAAGGAGGCUAACUUUAGUUCAACUGCGAUGCCUGUAUUCUCUCUCUCUAGGUCUAACUGGGUUGACUAGUUUGAAGGUCAGUCUGUCAAUUUGAUGCAUCUACCAAAGUCAACUCUCUUUCGAUGUUGGGUUGAAUGAUGUCAGAGGCUUAGGUUGCCAACCCGGCUCUUAUCCGACUCUCUCACCGAGAGAGCGGUCGUGGUAGGCAGGCGGUAGGCGUCAGUGGGACAUCCACUAGAGAGGAUGGGGGGGAGCUGGAAAUGCAAAAAAUAUAAAUUAUCAUAAAAACAGUAUAUUUAUUACUUCUAUCAUGCAAUUAUAGAGAGGAGUGUGAGAAAGCAUGCAAUUAUUUACCAAGAAAAAAAAAGAACAGAGUAUUAUGACGUUAGGGAUACCUUCUCAUCUCGACCGUUGACCUCUAAUCCGAGCUGCUCCGUCGUCGAUCCAGUUGUCUGGCUUGAGUGGAAAAGUAUAGAUACAUCCUCCUGUAAAUGCAUGGUAGCAGAUCGAACUCGGGAGGAAUAAAAAAGAAUCACUAGACAAUGGGGGAGAGUAA